AGCAGUUUCAGCACCUUAUUCCCAGAGCCCUCUGAGGAUUCUGCAGUUGUACUCUCGCCUUAUCCCAAAGCAUGAAAUUCACAGCACUCCUCUUCCUGGCAGCCCUGGCCGGGACCCUGGUCUUUGCCCAAAAUGCCACUUCUGAUCCCACGGAGGCUGCACCUGCCCAGGACCCUGUGACCUCUGAACCUGAUGAGGAAUCUGCUUCAACCACCGCCCCAGAGACGACCCAAACAGCCCAGAAGACCUCACGGGUGGCUCCAAGGAACCCAAGGAAGCAGGCAACAAGACUCCUGAAAGCCUCCAUAGACAAAGGCCUCUCUCUAACAAGAAACAAUUUUGAAGAAGCAAGAAAAACCUUUGAAGGAGCAAGAAAAAGACUGCAUGAAAGAAUUAAAGACGGAGAACAUUUUAUUGAAGAUAGAGCCAAGAGUGCAGGAAGCCUGAGGGACCCACUCAAUUUUGGCAAUUUGCGGCUGAGGCGCUGAAAAGAAUGGGGUAGCUGCACGUAAAGCUUUAAACAUACUUGUAGCCUAGAGAUAUUAAACCUAAAG